AUGGCUUCAGCCGUAACAGAUCUGGAGACUGGUCUCCAGGCCAUGCUCAACCUCAAGCCCCCCGGCGUGUCUGGUUCUCGCAUCACAAGUCUCACUUGGCUCUGCGUUGCCAACAUUCAGUCCGAAUCCGUUUUGAUACAAAAAAUCUACACCCACUUCAAAAAGACUCCGGGAACCCAUAAGCUUGGCGUUCUCUACGUCGUAGACUCAGUAACCCGAAAAUGGCUCGAGCAGGCCAAGGCACAAGGCCAACCCAUUAACAGCUCUGCCCCCGAUGGCACAUAUGCUGCUGGUGUGCACCGAGUAACCGAACUGAUGCCCGUAUUGAUGAAUGAUAUUAGUCAAUCCGCCCCUGAGGAUCAAAAGGGGCAGACAUUCCCCGCCUCCAUGCUCGCAUCGUUCAGACAGGGCCUCAGCUCGUCUGCCCAAGACAAAGUUUCCACAACACCGCCUGGUAGCCCUCCACUAAACGCCAUGGCUUCGCUGCAACGCAAUCAGCCAGCAUCUAGCGCUGCGCCUGCUCCUGCUCCUGCCGCUGCCAAUGGCUCUUCCAUUUUAGAGGCUCUGGCCAACAUCGCCCGUCAAAAUACCACACCCCAUGCGGCCGCUGGCUCGGCUGCUCCUAGUAAUGGCAACCUGCCUGCGCCAGCUGCAUCGUAUACCAUGCCGGCUGCUGCCUUACCGCAACCCAUCUCCUCAUCGCAGGUGCCCUCGUCUUAUCCUGCUGCCUCACAGCCAGUAAAUACUCCCUUUAGUCUGGCUCAGAUGCUGGCACAGAAUGCACCGGCCCAAGGAAUGCCAAGCGUUCCCCCCCAGAUGCCUUCGGCUCCUGCAGCAGCUCCAGGAGGCAUGGACCCCAACACUCAGCAGCAGAUUAUGCUUAUCAAGCUUCUGCAUGAGCAAGGUGUUCCAUUCGACAAAAUUCCUGCUCUGAUUCAGAGUAUGACCGUCGGGGCUGCUGCUGGUCAGCCUCCGGCUGCUCCCGCUCCCACUCCCGCUCCCAUUACCCAAGGGUCUUUCCCUGCCCAGCCGGCGUGGGGCGCGCCCUCCAACGGCCCUUCGCGUGAUGAUCCUCGCAAUCGUGCAUAUGGCGAUGGUGGCGGAUCGCCUCAGAGAUUUCGCGGUCGAUCUCGCUCCAGAUCGCCCGAUCGAUGGGGUCAGCGCGGUUCUCCCCGUGGUGGACGUGACGGUCGUAACAGUCCUUCUCGCGGUCGCCACGACGACAGAGAUCGCAACGGUCGUAGAGGAAAUGAUUUCCGCCAGCGCAGCCCUCCAGGCCGCCGUGGCAGAUCUCCAUCCCCGGGCAACUUCCCCCACAUCGAGAGAUGGAUCGAAUAUGAUUCUAGCCUUCCCCCAAACUCCAUCCGCGUUCUCAGCCGUACGCUUUUCGUUGGAGGCGUGACCUGCCCUGAACCAGAACUGCGCAGUAUCUUUGGUCGCUACGGCACCGUACAGACCUGCAUUGUCAACAAGGAUAAGAGACAUGCCUUUGUCAAAAUGCUGACUCGCAAGGAUGCUGAGUGUGCCAAGACCAGCAUGGAGGACAACAGACACCUAGAGGUUCCUCUUCGCACACGAUGGGGAGUCGGCUUCGGCCCCAGAGAUUGCAGUGACUAUGCCACUGGCGUUAGCAUCAUUCCGAUUUCCAAGCUGACCGAGGCUGAUCGCAAGUGGAUGCUCACUGCGCCCUACGGCGGCAGCGGCGGCCGACCCAUCGAGACUGGACUCUGUGUUGAGGAGCCAGACAUUGAAAUCGGUGCGGGCGUUUCGUCCAAGGCCAUCAGUCGCCGCAUGCAAACCGACAAGGGCGGCCAGAACGGCCCCAAGUCCACGCGGCUGCGUGACGACGACUGGCGCCAGGACGACAGCGGCGGUCACGGCCGUGGCGGCAACGGCCGCGGGUCCAACCAGGGCCAGGGUGGCCAGAUGCCCGGCUUCCCGUUCGGAGUCGGCACGCUCCCCAACGGCAUGCCCAACUUUCCUCAGGGGUUCCAGCAGUACCAGCAAUAA